GUGCCUUUAAACUUCCUCCUCCUCUUCAACCUUUAUCACCUUUGGCCUUGCAUGGUUCUCAAUCGAUGCUUCCUCCUUCUCCAACUUCUGCUAUUCAACAACAAAAUGCUUCUCCACCACAGUCUUCCCAUUCCCGUUAUGAACGUAUCUUACCAAAACAAUUAGCUGAUCAACGCGAAUUAGCUCGUAAAGUUUCUCAUUCAGCUAUUGAGAGAAGACGUCGCGAACGUAUCAAUGAUAAAAUCAUGCAAUUAAAAGAAUUAAUACCAAGUUGUGCUGAUCAAGAUCAUUUGCACAAAUUAAGCAUUUUACAGAGUUCCAUUGAAUAUAUUCAAUAUUUACAAGAACUAGUUAUCACCCUUAGGAAACGUGAAAAAGAUGUUGACAAAUCAGACAAUGAUGGAUCAUUAGAAGAUGAGUCUGGUAUUAAAGACAUAUCAGACUCGGAAAAACUUGAUGAGGACGAUAAUAUUUCAACAAUAACGGACAUAUUUAAUAAAACCAAAAAACCUUUGGAUCAUGAAGAGGCUAAUGCUUUAUUGAUGUUAUCAAAGUCAACAACAACCGCUACGAAUAUUACUGUACAAAGUUCUAAACCUGAAGUAAUCAUGAAAGAUUCUGAAACUCAAACAUCACCAAUUCUUUCUCCUACACUUGAAUGGGAAAAACUUUCUAAAGAAUCCAAAGAAUCGGAAAGUGUGCAAGAAUCCGAAAAAGGUUCACCCAGACGAGGGAUGACUGUUCAACAGUUAUUAUGUUAA